UCUUCUCUGCUGCAGCCCUCACCAGGAUCUCUGUGUCCUCCAACAUGGCCGCCUACAGCUCCUCCUCCUCCUACCGCCGCACCUUCGGCCACGGUACCUACGCCUCGCCUACCCUCAACCGCUCGCUGCUGGGCCACAGCGCCGGCGGCAGCAGCGGGGGCCAUGUCAGCUCCAGGGUCUAUGAGGUGACCCGCAAGUCGACCCCGGCUUACCGGGUCUCCUCCAGCUACUACGGGGGCCCGAUAACGUCGUCGAGGGCCUCCGUCGCACGCACCUACGCCGGCAUGGGCGAGACCCUGGACUUCAGCCUGGCCGACGCCCUCAACCAGGAGUUCCUGACCACGCGGACCAACGAGAAGGUCGAGCUGCAGCACCUGAACGACCGCUUCGCCAGCUACAUCGAGAAGGUGCGCUUCCUGGAGCAGCAGAACCAGGCGCUGACGGUGGAGGUGGAGCGCCUGCGCGGACGCGAGCCGACGCGCAUCGCCGACCUGUACGAGGAGGAGAUGAGCGAGCUGAGGAGGCAGGUGGAGAUCCUGACCAAUCAGAGGUCGCGCAUUGAUCUGGAGCGGGACAACCUCGCAGACGACCUGGACAAGCUCAAAAUCAGACUCCAGGACGAGAUUCUCCAGAAAGAGGAAGCAGAGAACAACCUGGCUGCUUUCAGGGCGGACGUGGACGCUGCCACUCUGGCUCGUCUGGACCUGGAGAGACGCAUCGAGACGCUGCAGGAGGAGAUCGCCUUCCUGAAGAAGAUCCACGAACAGGAGAUCCGUGAGCUGCAGACCCAGAUGCAGGAGAGUCAGGUCCAGAUCCAGAUGGACAUGUCCAAGCCAGACCUGACGGCGGCGCUGAGGGACAUCAGAGCCCAGUACGAAGGCAUCGCCGCCAAGAACAUCUCCGAGGCCGAGGACUGGUACAAAUCCAAGGUGUCCGACCUGAACCAGGCGGUGAGCAAGAACAACGAGGCACUGAAGCAGGCCCGGCAGGAGACCAUGGAGUUCAGACACCAGAUCCAGUCCUACACCUGCGAGAUCGACUCACUCAAAGGCACCAACGAGUCCCUGAUGAGGCAGAUGAGGGACAUGGAGGAGCGUCACGGACGCGAGGCCGGCAGCUUCCAGGACAACAUCGCCCGGCUGGAGGCGGAGAUCGCCAACAUGAAGGACGAGAUGGCGCGCCACCUCCGCGAAUACCAGGACCUGCUCAACGUCAAGAUGGCGCUGGAUGUGGAGAUCGCCACCUACAGGAAGCUGCUGGAAGGAGAGGAGAGCAGGAUUGCCUUGCCUGUGCAGACCUACUCCACCAUGAGCUUCCGAGAGACCAGCCCUGAACACCAGCAGCGAACCUCUGAGAUGCAUUCAAAGAAAACCGUUCUCAUCAAGACCAUCGAGACCCGCGACGGAGAGGUCGUCAGCGAGUCGACGCAGCACCAGCACGACAUCAUGUAAUCACCUGCAGAAGAAGAGAGGAGAACCAUCCCAAACAAAACCAGACAAACAACAACAACAAAAAAAAAGAUGCACAAAUAAAACUCAGCAAAAAGACUUUACAAACUCAUCUUUACUGUUCUUGUUUGAAAGUUACUGCAAUAUGUGAAUGUAAAGCAGCAGGUGACUUUAUCAGGGUUUAUUUAUCUGUGCUUACAAACAUGUUACUGCACUUCAAAAAAAUCUCCAUGUUAUCACAUCUGUUCUGUAAUUAAAUGAUGGAUUUUUCUACAGAUUCUUCUCAGUAGAAAUCAGAUUAUUUCAGUGUCUCUACCUUAAAAUAAGAGAGUAUAAAGUUGGUGAAGAAAAGGACUUGAUUACAGACGUGAUGCGAUGGAGAUUUUUGCAGUGCAUCGCCAAAAUAUUCAAUUUGUGCAUCUGAAAGAGGUAAAAGCAUUUCUAAAUAACACAUUCUGACGCUGCCUUUCACUUCAUACUCUGCAAUUUCAGUUAAAUGUCACAGGAAAUCUGCAGCUGAGCAAAUCCUCUGCUUUAAAUUCUCAGUUUAUGACCAUUUUAUUUAAAUCACUUAAGUGUCAGAAAUGCAGUAAACACAUUCUUCUCUUGGCACAUCUCGUGCUUUUCCUCAAGGUCAGGGUGACUGUUGUCCAAUCAGGAGCUGCUGGAGAACGAGGUGGACUGUAUGUGCCUGUGUUUGUCCUCAUCAACAGGGGGAUGUGGAGAAAAAGGAGAAGAUGGAGGAGGAAGAUUAAAAGGCGUCUGGAGAUGAAGCGAGAGAUAAAGGGAGAGGUUGUGCGAGGUAGAAAGGAAGCACAGAGAGAGGGAGAGGGGGGGGUGUGACUUUCAGAUAAUAUUCGCUAAUAAAAGUGAAGUGGAUUAAUGUUA